AUGCAAGCUUUAGUACCGCCAACGAACGAAGAGCGCCUCCGUACCAUCUUUAUCCACAAGGUUCCUGAGAGCUUAGGCGGAGACAACGGCGUCGAGAGGUUUCUCAAUGUUGUGGGUAGGCUACGGCGCUGGGAUUCUGCCAAGUCGCAAUUGUCAGAUCAUAAAGGUGAGCUAUUCGGCUUUGCUCAAUUUGAGGAUCCGGAAUCUCUUGCCACAGCUGUUGAGCUACUGAGAGAUAUUGAACUCCCUCUCAAGAAGCAAGACCCCACAGAUGGUGCGAGCAAGGAAGAUAAAGAAGGGGAUCCUUAUGAUGGCAUUCAGAAGGUCAAACUCCAGAUCAGUGUCGACGACAGCACUCUAAAAUAUCUUGAAUCAUAUCAGGAGAGCAAAGGUGAUGAUGCCAGAAACGAGACGCAAUUGGAGUUCGCACGAACAACUCUAAAGCAAACAAUCCAUGAUCUUUUUUAUCCUCGUUUACGCAACGGCCAGGAUGGUGAUGGCGACGUGGCAAUGGGGGAUGGUUCUAGCCUGGCAGAAAAUGUUGAGGUGAUCAACAUACCCUUGGCACAGGAUGACGAACUCGCAGAUAUUCCCGCAGAAAUGCGAGAGGUGGUCGCUCAGGAGAUCGCGGCUUUCCGAGAACGGAGUAAUCGCCGAGACAUGGAGCGUCUGAAGAGGGAGGAAGAACUCGAGGAGAUGGAGCGCCAAAGAAAUGGUGCCUCACGACUGUCACGACUUGACUCGCCGCCACCUGGUGCGAACGCGAAUGCGGUACCACUCGGUCCCCGUGGUGUACCAAAUGCACCCUCUGGCCCUAGAGGGCAGGGCUCGACAAAUCGCGGUGUAGCUUUUGUCAAUGGUGGAACUGUCAAUGGCGAUAUGCAAGGCCGUGAUGAUGAUGGCAGCGAUGCGAGCGACGAUGAACUUUACCAGCGAGAGCAGUCUAAGCAACGAGCGGAGGAGGAUAAGCAAUAUCUCGAGGCGGAACGAAAAUGGGUCAACCGAGAACGGCAACGAGCUGCUGCUCUAGAUCGAGAGAGAGAUCGUGAUAGGGCAGAGGAGGAAGGCGUGUCACGGCGCCAGGAAGAACAGUUCGAGCGAGAGAAGAACUGGGACGACGAGAAGGAAUCUACACGCAAAGCUCACAUGUACUACCGUGAUCAUGCCGCAUGGGCCCGGAAACGAGCCCAGGAGCGUGCCGAGGAGGAAGCUCGUGAUGAGGCAGAUCGUCGGGCAGAAGAGGAUGAACGCCGCCGACAAGAAGUUGAGAUGGAGCAAGCGCGCGAUAUGGCCGAUUCAUUCCUGAGCAAACAGGCACAGGAGAUGGAGCAAAGGCAGCCUGCAAUUGCUGCUUCUACGACUUCCUCUGCUGCUCCUCAACGCUUUACCAUUUCAUUUGGUGCUGCAGCCCAGAAGGCCCAAGCGCAGCGUGCAGCGCCGCAGAGGAGAACUGUUGCAGAGGUAGAAGGCCUGCUAGAUGAUGAAGAGCAGGAGCAGACCACAAGACGACAGCUGAUCCCCAUCAAAUUCGAACCUACAACAGACGCUAAGAUGAUGUCAGAGGAGGAGAUACAGAAAGCUGUUCGGUCGCUUGCACAAGAAAUCCCAGUGGACAAAGACGGCUUAUGGGCCUGGGACGUCAAAUGGGAGUUCAUGGACGACUCGAUCAUCACGGAGAAGUUGCGGCCCUUUGUUGAAAAGAAGGUCCUCGAGUAUCUCGGCGUGCAAGAUCAAUUUCUCGUGGAAGUGGUGGACGAUCACCUGCGCAAGCACGGCAAGCCAAGCGACUUGGCAGACGAAUUGGAAGGACCACUAGAGGAAGACGCAGAAGACUUGGUCAAGAAGCUCUGGCGGAUGGUCAUCUUCUUCACCGAAAGCGAAAAGCGAGGCUUGCCGGCCUAA